AUGUAUGUUGAAAAAAUCGUUCAGUUAUUUUUUUUCAGUUCAAGUUUCAUUCAUAUUGACAUUCAGAGAAACAACGGAAAGGGAUUCAAUUCACAAGUUCCCUUGCUUUUCUUCUUUUCCUCUCCAUACCCGAUCGAGUUUUCACUCAAAAACAUAUGUCGAUCGUGGCAAGCUGGUGAUCUAAUUUUUUUCCAGCCUAAACGCAUUAACGGUGACGUGAGUGAAAGGAGAAAAACACAUACCUGGUUGUUGUUGUUGUUGUUGUUGAACAAACACUUUAGAUUUAGUGAAACUCUCGCGAUGUAUCGACAAACAUACUCCUUGAUUGAGGGGAAAAUUAACACGACUUCUGAUGAAGAGUGGUGGGGAUAUAACCAAGUCCGGACCCCAGAGAAAGAGCUGGCCCUCACCGAGUUCCGACUCAGAUUGAAGGAUAUAGCCACUGAGAAGCAGUUGAAGAAUGAUAUUUAUUGCAAAAGGUGGUUGAUCGCUCGCCAGUAUAACGUUGAUCAGGCGGUAGAAAUGUUUAAAAACAGCAUGAGUCUCAGAGAACAAAUGGAAGCCGACAAACUGAUUGCUGAGUACACCCCACCAGAGGUAAUCAGUAAAUACAUGACUGGCGGUGAUAUUGGCCAUGACAAGGAAGGAUCAGUUCUGCGAAUUGAACCAUGGGGUUACCUGGAUAUGAAAGGAAUCAUGUAUUCUUGCAAAAAAUCCGAUUUGGAGAAAAGCAAAUUGCUCCAAUGCGAAAAACAUCUUAAAGACUUGGAAGCUAUAAGCGAAAAACUUGGGAAACCUUGCACCGGUUUGACCGUUGUCUUCGAUAUGGAUAAUGUCGGUUCCAAACACAUGUGGAAACCCGGUCUUGACAUGUACCUCUACUUGGUCAAGGUCUUGGAAGAUAAUUACCCAGAAAUGAUGAAGAGACUUUUCGUCAUCAACGCCCCAACUCUUUUCCCUGUUCUCUACAAACUCGUCAAACCUCUCCUCAGUGAGGAUAUGAAAAACAAGAUUUUCGUUCUCGGAAGUGAUUUCAAAGACACACUGUUGGAAUACAUCGAUGCUGAAGAACUCCCAGCUUAUUUGGGCGGAACCAAGACUGGGCCUGAUGGUGACGCGAAAUGCUCAGAUGUUAUUUGCCAUGGCGGAGAAGUACCAACGGAAUAUUAUUUGGAGAACACAGAAGACUUUGAAACAAUGGAAGCAAUUACUGUUGGAAGUGGCGACAAGGUUUAUGUAGAAUAUAAAGUUGAAAAUGAAGAUUCCUUCCUUAAAUGGGAAUACAAGACUGAAGAACACGAUAUUGGUUUCGGUGUCUUCAGAAAGAACGGUGAUGACUGGGAAGAAGUAAUACCAAUUGAACGGAGAGAUUGCUCUAUCAUGACCUUAGACGGAAGUUACAAGUGCAAAGACCCAGGCACCUACGCUCUCUGCUUUGAUAACUCCUUUAGCAUGAUGACCUCUAAAAACAUACGAUACGCUGCUGAAGUUAUGGACCCCGAAGUGGACAAAUUGAAAGAUGACAUCAAUAAAAUGAUCAAAGAUUCAACUUGGGAUGAAUUGUCUGCCCAAAUCAGUUAA